ACACUAUUUCGAACAAUUAAUUUUCCCGCCCUGACAUUGAUCAGGCAGCUUUCACAUUACUUCUCCCUACACAUACCAGUGAUUUCAUCGUACUCUUUGCAAAUCUCGUAAAUUCCGAGUUACUUUCUUAUAUUCAAAAUCCUUAAAAAGAUUGUGUAACCGACGAGCAUUUCGUUCAUCGUUCUUGAUAAAUGGCUUGCCCGGACAAUAAAGAGCCAACUACUAGUUGUGAGGCUGGUAAAAUUGUUGAUGACGAAGAAGAUAACGGUGUUACACUUGAAGAAAUUCUAGAAGAGGAAGCCCAGCUUGAAGAGGAUGCAAAUGCUGUUUUGGGUGGAUCUGAUGAUGCAAAUUGCACUUAUCAUCUAGGAUAUGUCAACCGUCAAGCUCUCUAUGCUUGUGUAACUUGCAGGCAACAAUCUGGAGAUCUGGCUCAACUAGCUGGUGUCUGCUUAGCUUGCAGUUACCACUGUCAUGAUGGGCAUGAACUUAUUGAAUUGUAUACUAAAAGGAACUUUUGUUGUGACUGUGGAAAUUCAAAAUUUCCCUUCAAUAAAUGCACUUUGGCAACAGAGAAGUCAGAAUUGAAUGAGAACAAUAGUUACAAUCACAACUUUUUGGGAAAAUACUGCACUUGCCAAAAACCAUAUCCUGAUCCUGAUGACACUAAUCCCGAUGAAAUGGUUCAGUGCAUCAUGUGUGAAGAUUGGCACCACAACAAGCAUUUGGGCAGUAGUCCGCCUCCGGAUCAAGAUUAUUCCGAGAUGAUAUGUGGCCAAUGCAUGGAGAAAUACCCUUUCCUCAAUGCAUAUGUACUACCAGUAGAAUCCGACCAAUUGUCGUUAGCCUGCAAACUAGAAGCUAAAACCAUUGAGAAAGAGCAGCUGAAUUUGAAGAAAGCGACAUUUUGGCCGGAAGGAUGGCGGAAUCGACUGUGCAGAUGCGAAAAGUGUUUGGCACUAUAUGCAGAUAAAAAGAUCCAAUAUCUUACGGAUGACCAGGACACGGUUGAGCAUUACGAGCAAAAAGGUAAAAUGGCUUGUGUCAACCGACCGUCGAACAACGAGCGGCUCAUGGAAGCGCUUUCCUCAUUGGAUCGCAUCCAACAAGUUGAAGCUAUAACAGAGUACCAAAGUUUCGCGGCCGAACUGAAAGAUUACCUGAAAACCUUUGCUGAUAACAAAAGAGUCGUUCGAGAGGAAGAUAUCACGGAAUUUUUUGGUCGUUUGAAGGAGCGUAAACGACGUCGUCUUGAUGGCGAAUCAACUGGAAUGCCACACUUUUGUCGCUAGGGAUCUGAUACCCUUGAAACCGAUGCCCUAGAUCCUCCAUCUAUAUCGUUUAUCUGGAUUGACUGUGAUUCAACCUUUGUAGUGUUUUUUCAUUUAUUAUUUUUUUGUUUUCUUUAAUUUGGACGCUGAUAAAAAAAACAAGUGGAUUAAUCUAUUAAGUUGGAAAGAAAAGAAUAAUGAUUGCAAACUUGUAACGUAUUCGGAUAACCAAAAAGUAAAGUACUAAAUGGACAGAC